CAACCACUGGAAUUCAUGUUGCAAAAGUGUUUCCAUAUCGCCCGCAGUCACUCAGAACUGUCUGUCUAAAAGUGAAUGUUGCUGACAAUAUUUUCUAGGUGUAUUCCCCUUUUAGAGUUUGCCUGCUCCUGAGAUGCCAGACUGAGCCUACAAGAGCUGCAACAGUAAUGGCUCGAGAGCCUCUGGAGAGCAUUUCCCAGCCUGCCUAACGCCUGGGUCAGGUAGCUCCAGCUCUGCAGGCACCAGUAGUCAGAAAACCAACCUGGUGCCAGCUACCUAAAGCCAGCCAAUACCUCCACAGGACUCUGGACCAGGGGGCCAGGAAAGGACUCUGUCCCACCCAAGGUAAUGACAAACAUGUGCAGUGGCUUCAUGGGAGUGAUGGUGAGAUCUGGGUCUGGAUUAUGGGAGACUCCCCAGGUGACAAGCCAUAUGAACAGAUUUCUGAGGAACUAAUAGCAGAACGAGCCAGGCAGCAAGCACAGAAGGAAGCAGAAGAACUAUGGAAGCAAAAAGAGGCUGAAAUUACAAAGAAAUUCCGGGAUGCUAUGGCUAAGGAGAAAGCCAAAAUAGUGGCAGAAAAAUGGAAAACAGAAACAGAAGAUCGAAAAGCCAAACUGAUGGAGGAAAAAAUUCAGGAGGAAUUAAAGAAAAGAGAGGAAGAAGAGAGGCAAAGAGGUGAAGAACAGAUACGACAGCAGGAGGAACUUAGAGCAAAAGAGUUGUACUUGAGCCUCAAGCAAGCUCAACAGCACAACCAACAUAAUGAACAUGAGGAACAGGAGUGGAAAGAACAGUUGCGCCGCUCAAAGGCUGCAGAUGAGGAAAGGAGCCACAAAGCACGCAGGGCCCGGGAUGAAUAUCGACGGCAAUCCUUACGAGCCAUCCAGAAGGGAAAAGUGGCUGGCUUGAGUAACCUGUUCAAGGGGACCAGCCUGAAUAAUGAACCAGUGAUAAAGCUGAAUAGCAACAAUCCUAGCCCACUAAUGACACUCACUACACCAGCCAGGAAAGCUUGGGAGCGUCCUUCUAGACCCAUUUCCAGAGAAAUCCUCAUUCAUUGGUUCAAGGAGGAGCAGCUUCCACGACGUGCUGGGUUUGAGAUGAACACCUGUGCUGUUGCGCCCUGGUUUCAUGGUAUUAUUAGCCGCCAGGAGGCAGAAGAGCUGCUAAUGAACAAGUCUGAAGGAGCAUUCCUGGUGCGGGUCAGUGAGAAAAUCUGGGGCUAUGCCUUGUCUUAUCGCCAACAGAGUGGGUUCAAACACUUUUUGGUGGAUGCUUCGGGGGAUUUCUACAGUUUCUUGGGUGUGGAUCCCAACCGGCAUGCGACACUCACGGAUCUUAUUGAUUUUCACAAGGAAGAAAUUAUCACAUCCUCGGGUGGGGAGUUACUACUGGAACCAUGUGGACAGAGGAAGAACCCACCUGACUACAGUUCUUUAUUUGAAUGACUGUUUUCAGUCUUUAGGACUAGAAUGAAAAUCCUAUGGAUAGUUAAAAUAGUAUGUUAGUUAUCAAAUCUUCAGUCACUAGCUGUUUGAACAGCAAACUACCACCACUAAAAGAUCCUAGAAGCAACCGUUUGAUACCUGAUUUGUGGUAAUUAUUUAUGUCACCAAGAGUUUAAAGAUGGGAGAAUACUGACUGACUACAGGUGAAGACAAUCCCCAGUGGUCCUUCUAAGAGAUGUGGUCAACUGGCAUUGACACUCAAGGUCAUUUUAAUUUUUCAACUAAUGUCCAGGGUUGAAAAUGCUAACUGACAUGACUUUAAGAAGGAAGGUGAACAACUCUAUGCAUUCAUAAGGCAUUGUAUAAAAUACUAAUAUGUUGAAUUAGGUUCUUUCCUCUGACAUCGAGUUUGCUAGUUUCCAAUGACAAUCUCAUCAGUCAGUCUUGCAGUUUUGCAAAUGGACUUUAAAAACUUGUGUAAUUUGUGAUAUCUUAUUGUUUACUUUCAAAUUCAGGCCUAUAAAGUGAAGUUUCCCUCAGAGCAGACAGUCCCCACAAGACCCUGUGCACUAUUAAAGACUUUAUGGGUCCAGUGGCAUUGGAAAGACUUUCACCUAUUCUAUAGAAGAUGGUCAAUUAUUCGGCACCAUGUAGCUAAUCACUGUUUCCAACAGGGAAAAAAAAACACCUACAAGAUUUAAAACUUUCACAAAUCAUUUUAUGUUGGGAAUGUAAUUUUGAAACUUGAAGUAAUGAAUGAAUUAAGGAUGGGGAAAUCACUCUGGAUAAAAUAUGAAGUGACCUGAAUCUUCACCCAAAACUUUAGCCAAUCCCUGACAUUUCUCUACUUUCAAUGAUGCCCAAGCCACAUCUUGCAGUUUCCCGGCUUCACUUUUUUAUAGUUCCAGACACUCCCUUACCAGUUCUGCUAGCCGAGGAGUUAGAUAGCUCCAUAUAUAAGGCAUGAAGUAUUUAUUAGAUAUCAUGCCUGUUCACUUUUACAUAUGAGGCAGAGAGCUCUUAAAGCAUUUGUUACAGCAACAUACUAAAUAUCAGAACACAUAUAAAGGAACAGGUAUACCGAAGUGAGUAACUUAGGGUAGCUGCUUAGACUUAGUAGAUUGAUAAGUUGGAGAUCAUUCCAUUAGACAAGUUAUGAAGUAUAAAGAAGAAGAAUUUUAAAGAACUCUCACUGGCCUCCUGGUUUGCUUCCAGGUCCCUUUGCAAGGAGCUGGCAGUUGGACUCAGCUGGGGUAUACAGAUGUUUUCCCUUUCAGUUCCUCAGAUCCUAUUCCUCCCUUCCCCGGGAGGGCAUCAUUUCAGAAUUGUCUGGCCAUGCUGACGGUUUGUUUACAAUAUAUAGCAUAAUGUAUUUUAUAUGAGUCAUUCUCAGUGGAGGGACGUAAUUUAAAUGGCCUUGUGACUCCUUAAGUGAGUAGUUUCUCCACCCUUUUCAGAUACUUAGGGCCCAUUUUGAAUAAUGAGGGACUUUGCCCUCAGCUACAUCUCACAUCUCAUUUCCUUUGCCUGUUCCUUGAAAUUCUUCCCUCUUAACUCCAACCUUUGUGCCUCUCUCUCACUUUCAGCUUUGUGCCUAAAUGCAUGAUAUUCUCAUGCUUGGAACAGCCUCACAAUUCAUAUGUGCCACUCUCCCACAUCCCCUUAAAACCUUUCUCUUAUUGUUGAAUCCCUUCCUCCUGAGAGGGUGACUCCAUUUGUUUGUGCCCUUGAAUGGGUAUCCUGUGUAUUGUAUCUGUCAGAAUUAGACUGUAAGCUGAUCUUCAGGGGAAGGGACCUUGUCUUUACAUGUUUGUUAAGCACCACCAACACUUAUGGUGUUACACAAAUAAUAAAUGCUCUUCAUAAUGACA